ACAAGCYCAAAUAAUCAAAAUGGCGGAAGGACUUCUUCCCUUCGUCCGUGGACUAGACCUUACCCACAAUGACUUCAAAGAAUGCAGUUUUCCGCAUCGCGUAGCAGACAUGACAAACUUGAGGUGGUUGAAAUUGAACAAGGUUGGGCUUGAAACGUUACCAGAAGAACUGUCAAGACUUAAAAAGCUGGAACAUCUCUCCAUAAAAGAAAACGACCUAACAUGCAUACACGGAGAGCUGUCAUCUUUAAAUCAUUUACGGGUUAUAAAUGCCAGGAAGAACCAAUUAAUGAACUCUGGGAUACCUGGGGAUAUCUUUUCAUUGGAUGAUCUUUUAACUGUGGAUUUUAGCCACAACGAUCUUAAAGAGGUCCCACAAGAACUUGAAAAUGCCAAAGCACUGCUUGUUCUCUCGUUGUCCAAUAACAAAAUUACUUGCAUACCCAACCAGCUGUUCAUCAAUCUUACAGAUUUGAUAUAUCUUGAUUUGAGUGAUAACCAGCUUGAAACAAUUCCUCCUCAACUUCGAAGGCUUGUUCAUCUUCAGACUUUGAUUUUAAACAAUAAUCCCUUGCUGCAUGCACAGCUUAGGCAGCUACCAUCCCUGACACAACUAAGAACACUGAACCUUAGAAACACACAGAGAGCAAUCACCAACAUGCCCAAUAAGCUGGAAGCCUUAGUUAAUCUURCAGAUCUUGACUUGUCACACAAUGACCUACCAAGAGUACCAGAGCCUGUUUAUAUGAUAACCAGUUUGAGRAGAUUGAAUUUAAGUCACAAUUCCAUCACAGAACUAUCAUCAUUAAUAGAUUCCUGGACACAGCUGGAGACUUUGAACUUGUCCAGAAAUCAGCUAACUGCUAUUCCAUCGUCAUUAUGUAAAUGCGUAAAACUGAAAAGGCUUUUUCUCAAUGGGAACAAYAUCAACUUUGAAGGCUUACCAACAGGCAUUGGAAAACUGUACAAUUUGGAGUUUUUCAUGGCUGCAUAUAACCAGUUGGAAUGUAUUCCAGAAGGUCUCUGCAGAUGUAUCAAACUCAAGAGACUUAUUCUUCAUAACAACAGACUGUUCACUUUGCCUGAAGGAAUCCAUUUUCUCACCAACAUGGAGGAACUAGAUGUAAGAAAUAACCCUGAACUUGAAAUGCCACCAAAACCAGUACCAGAAGAAUUAGGAAGUGGAUCAGCAUUUUACAACAUUGACUUCUCACUGCAAACACAACUGAGAAUUGCAACUGGUGCUCCACCUCCUCCCCAACCAGAGCAAGGAGAUGAAUCAGAAGAAUUUUCAGAAAUCUUUGACAAUGAAAUUUCUUAUGUUGAAGGUGGAACAGCCAGUGGAUUUUACUCUGUUGAAGAACCAAUUUAUGCUACAAGACUAUUCAGAGUGUUAAAAGGUGCAAGAAUCAUCCUUGAACCAGUUGCACCAGUUGCAGACUCACUUGAUCCUACCUUCACAUUUGUCUUGGAUGGUGGACUUAAAAUCUUCCUUUGGUCAGGACCAAAAGCAAAGGCAACAACAAAGACAAAAGCAAGGUUAUUUGCUGAGAAAACCAACAAGAAUGAACGCAAAAACAAAGCAGAAUUGAUCAUGUGUAGAACUGGUGAUGAACCAAGGGAGUUUUGGCAGUUACUGGGUGGACGUCCAGCWGAAGGCCGUAUAAUGGUUAAAAAAGACUAUAAAGAAGAUCCUAAGCCUCCAAUUCUUUACAAAAUGGCUCUUGGUUUGGGAUACUUAGAGYUACCACAAGUUGAUGUUAAUGGUCAUAAAAUGGAGCAAAAGAUCUUAGACACAAAGAAUGUCUACAUAUUGGAUUGUGCAUCAGAAAUAUUUGUUUGGGUUGGUCGCAAAUCAGCUCGGCUUAUUCGUGCAGCRGCAWUGAAGCUUGCUUUAGAGCUCAACUCUAUGAUUSACAGGCCAUCGUAUGCCAUUGUCACAAGAGUCCUGCAAGGUGCUGAGUCUCAACUCUUCAAAUCAAAAUUUAUUGGUUGGGAUGACAUCCUUGCUAUUGAUUAUACACGUUCAGCUGAGAUGGUGUCCCAGCUUUCCAAGAAACUAGGCACAAAAAAUAUAACCAGGAAAGAUGCUCAAGAAAAACUAAAGGAGGUUGCAAAGGCUGAUAUGUCAGCACUGUUUACAACAAGACAGCAGCCAAUACCUGAUGAUGAACAGAAACAAUUAGUCCAAGAGUGGAAUGAAGAUUUGGAUGGCAUGGAGUGCUUUGUACUUGAGGGAAAGAAAUUUGUCAGACUACCAGAAGAUGAAAUUGGUCAUUUCUACAGUUGUGAUUGCUAUGUGUUUCUGUGUCGUUACUGGGUCCCUGUGGAAGCUCCUGAAGAUGCAGAUGAAGAAAGUGAUGAACCAGUUGAACAGGAAGAGGAUUUCCAGUGUGUUGUCUACUUCUGGCAGGGAAGAGAUGCCAAUCAGAUGGGAUGGCUAACAUUCACUUUCAGCCUUCAGAAAAAGUUUGAGACCCUGUUUGGAGAGAAGUUGGAAGUUGUGAAAACACAGCAGCAACAAGAAAACCCCAAGUUUAUGGCACAUUUUAAAGGCAAAUUUAUUAUUCACACGGGAAAACGCAAAGAUGUUCACCCAKCAGACUACAAGCCUAAGCCAGAAUUAUAUCACAUUAGAUCAAAUGGAGGAAUCUUAGCUAAACGAGUUAUACAGAUCAAGACAGAUGCAACUUUAUUAAACUCUGAAUUUUGUUACAUCCUCAAAGUUCCCUUUGAAAACUAUGCAGAAGAUGGGAUAAUUUAUGUUUGGAUUGGAGAAAAGGUGAAGGAACCAGAUGCCGAGCAUGCAAAGGAGCUUGGACAAGAGAUAUGGGAUAGUGGUUAUACAAUCCAAGUCAUCAAUGAGGGUGAAGAACCUGAAAACUUUUUCUGGGUGGCUCUGGGUGGACGAAAACCAUAUGAUAAGGAUGCUGAAUACAUGCAGUAUUGUCGUCUGUUCAGAUGUUCCAAUGAYAAAGGUUAUUUCUCUGUUUCUGAGAAGUGUACAGAUUUCUGUCAGGAGGACCUUGCUAGUGAUGAUGUUAUGAUACUAGACACAGGAAGACUGGUUUAUGUAUGGCUAGGGACAGACUCCAGUGAUGUUGAAAGAAAACUAGGAAUAAAGACAGCACAGCUGUACAUACAACAUGUCCAUCAGCUACAGAGUGGUCCACUUCGUAAAUUACGUGUGGCAUUCAAAGGAAGGGAAAGUCACACAUUCAAGAGGAAUUUCCAUGGCUGGGGAGAAUUUCAYAAGCCUAAAUACUGAAAACGUUUUGUAAUUAURUAAUAAAGACACAGCUACAACUGRAYAGAAUCAGGUUUGGCUGCAKGAAAACAGGA